AUGUGCAAGACCGGCGCCACAGCGGCAGACGUUGAGGCGGGUGGGGAGGAGGAGGAGGAGGAGGAGGAGGAGGAGGAGGAGGAUGGUAGUAAUGGUUGGCGAAGAAAUCGCCUCGUCUUUGCAUUUUAUACUUGGAUAAAUGUUGUCUUUUGGUUUUAAAACAGUUUCUAAUUACGAGAUUUUUUAAGACCGUGCAAUGUCCACUCAUACAGCAUCAUACCCGUCCAUUUAUUAAUACUCCUCAUGAGUUAUACAACACGGUCCGCAUCCAUUGCAAAAUUCUAUGAUCUCUACACGGUGUCUUCUUAAAGGCGUACAGGAAUAUGUGAUAUUUCUCACGCGAAAAGUAUGCACUUUUUAGAAUUAAAUCGCUAAACGUUAAUGCAUUGGCUGAUCAAGCUCAAAUUUAUUUGGCAAUUGGAAGAUUCUUACAAAACCUUAAAAUACCCUUUCUUCGUGUAUAAAAUAUAAGGACAAUGCGAUUUCCUAUCAAAUGUAUAAAAGGAAGCAUAUUUUCGCGCAUAUUCUGUGUAAACUAUAUUUGAAUUUAUACGGGUAUCGAAAAUCAGCAUGGAAAUGCAUACUACUUAAGUAUUCAUUUUUUUCGGAUGCAGUUCUUACAGGAGGUUGAAAGGAAGUGCACUCAAAAACCAGCAUCCUGGCAAGUCCGAAAUAUCAGAGGAUUAGGCCGCAUGGCAAUCAGGGUUAGAACCCCACCCAAGUAAUCUUUCCUAAUCGAAGACACUUUUCAGAAUGUAGGCCAACAUUUCAUGAGAUCAGUCACUCACUGUAUUUCUCGUAAGGCGGUGGCUCUUGGUCUUGUUCUUUGGCUUGUUUGACCAGAAAAAUUUAAACUGACGAGUAACUUUAGCGUCCCCUACAAUGGCUGAAAAUAAAAGAAGAAUUUAAGGCACCUUUUACUCCUCUAUAACGGGUGAUCGUAAGAAUUUUCCUACCAAAAUGAUCUCAGAUUGCCUGCUUUUUCUGUAAUUUGACUGGUGUCUGUCCUGAAAAUAAGGAAUAUUCCUCCUGCUUCCCAUCUUCGUGGUUGCUUUUCAACAGCGUUAGAAAUUGUUGCACAAGACAUAAAGCGCAGUCUUUAGCCAUACUAUACGAGAAGCUCUCUUUUGUUAGAAUUACAUACGUUUGUUUUGUUCUAAAAUUGCCACUUUGUUCACUCCGAAAUCCGCCUCACAGAUCUCGCAAGACCCGUCACUUAUCUUUUUCCAACCUCAGAAUUUCCUCUUGUAAUCAAUGGCAGUCGAUGGCACUUAAGUAGCUCGGCAAAGUUUGAGCACAGAAUUCUAUGAGUAGAAAGGAAAUCUCGGAGCUUUCUAUGCCUCCCAUCUGAUUUUAUUCAUUUUUGUUUUCACGGCAGCCAUCAGAAGGUUGUCGUUGGCUCCUGCUAGCACCAGCCCCGCCUUGUCGCAUCAACUACCCCGGUCUUGAAGGGGCUAUGGCGGGGAUGGGCGGGGCUAUGGAAGGGGCCAUGAGGGGGCUGGGGACGCCAUAGCUCCCUAUAGCACCGUCCUCGGAAAGAAACACGCAGGGGGCGCCACUCUGCAUUAUUAAUCCCCACCCCCAUUUACGAUAUUGGUUUUUUCCUGACUUCAUUUCACGUAAAAUACGCCGUACUGUUCCACAUAGAAACGUGGAACAUCGGAAUCCCUAGGAUUUGCGGAAAACAACCCAGCCAUGUUUAGCACUUUCGGUGCGCUAACAAGUCCUACGCAACGCCAAUUCUACCUGACAAAAUAAUGGCCGGCAAUUAGAUACAUAAAAUAACUUAUCAUAUAACUUGUAAAUUAGAAAAUGGGUAAGGGAGUAUGUACUGGGAUCGUACUGUUCCUUCAAUGAACAUCAUCUUAGUGGAAAUCCUGAUCCACGGCAGAUUCCUGUAAUACAUAAAAUCUCCCAGUUAGACGAGCAUAUCGGUUAGGUUUUCAAUUUAAGCUUUCAGUCUGAGUGAUACUUUUAUUUCUAAAAAUGUUCUAGGAGAUGUAUCGUUUAGAUUGCUAACUGAAAUUCUAAAUUAAUUUUAACAAGUCAGCUUUUCUCGUGGAAGAAAUAACUUUAGGUCUAGAGUAAAAAUGAAAGUAAAUCAGAUUAAAAAUUUGUCACCUAAUUAAUUAUCACAAAAUGACUUUAUAAAUAAACUAAAAGUCUACCGGAGGUACGUCGGAAAUAAGUAGCAAAUAACACCUGUUUAGUAUGUAUACGGUUGAUAAGAGUGAACCAACAAGAAGGAUCAAGGAAGCAGGGCAAAAUAAAUUACUAAGCAACUAGGUACUAAACAGCUAUUUAGCAAUUUAUUCCACGAAUGCAAAUAUGUUACCUCAAUUACAUUUAAUUAUGCAAUGAUAAUAUUUCAUAAUGUACUGCUGCUAAAAGCAUGCCUAUUAAAGAAUUACGGAACUCUAUUUACUUAUACCAUAAUGUAAUUACGUUAACAACUUUCGAUGAGCACAUAAAUGAUAAUCGUUCUGAAAUGUCAGAAGUUGUUUCGUAGAGCAUAAGUGGCCGGCACAAGUGGUCUCCAGGACAACCUUAUUAAAUUCGUUGUAUUAAUUCAGUGGAGAAUUCUCUACCUGCUGAGCAGUGACACGGAGUUUAGCUUGUCCGCCGCAGCGAUCUCUGGCUCUGUGGAACCACUCAGUCAGAUAUUAAUGACGCUUACCAUCUGAUUGGUCGUCCGACGACAACUGACGUGCUUAUCGGAACCCCUCAGUUUCCGCACAAAUCCUUCCUUGCAUUAAUGCUGCACAAGUGUCCAAUUACUCUUAUAACCCUAAUCGCGUUUAUUCUUUCCUUGGGAUACUCGAAAAUCUUCAUUUUAACUAUAGUAGGUGUGCAAACUCAUGAAAUUUUAUGAGUUACCACAAGAAAAUCCCUAUAACGUCUGCAUUGUCUUUGAAAGUGUGUUUGCAUUUCAUUCAAAUGGCCUUCACGGCCCUUCUUAUUUCGUAAUCAUUCAGAACACUUUUCUUUUGGAAUAGGCCACCGGUCGAAAUCUUGGUCUAAUUUAUACAAUAGGCUAAAUACAUCUCCUCGUGAUAAUUGCAUUUCUACAAAGGCUGCACAGCUAUGUAGAUUCACGCUGGUUAUGACCCUGCUGCGAAAAGUUAAACAGAGCAUUGCUGCGUGCCUGAUUUUACUAUCCUUUCAUAAUGUUAUGAUUUAUUCCGCCUCUGACAGUAGUGAAGCCUAUGAUGUUUAGAUGUUCUUUACUCCAAUUUUUUUCCACUUUGCUGAAAAUAAUAGUUUCGGUGGCCCAUCCGACUCCUUAGGCACAUCAAGCAAUGAUCACACCAAGUGUGACAAUCCCGGAUGAAGGGGGAAGCCGUGAACGUUCAUAGGUAUGCGGUAGCAUGGCUGCUGCAUCCUAUAAAUACCGCAGCCCCUUGUGCAACAACCACCCGUUUCUGCUCUUUUGUCUCUGAUGAUGGAUUCGAGUAGGAAUCCGAAACGUCAGGCUAAUAAAGCUCUUGUCCCGGCGAUCGUGUCUCCUUCUUCAAGUAAAGCUUUAUAUUUGGGUUUAACCCAGCCUAUUGUUUUAAGGCCUCAAAUGAGGGAAAGUUUUUGCAUGACUUUACAGCUGUCCAUAGGCUUUUCUCGUCGUAGCCAAUUUAUUUGUGACAGUAAUUUCGAAAUCUGCACACAGAAGGAUCUAAUCUCCUGAAGCCAAGCAUAAACAACACGAAAUCUAAGUCUGGAUUAGAGACGAGAAAUCAGAAUCUAGGCGCGUCUAUCACAAGAUCCCACUGACUGAUCCGAGUACUGAUAUGUGUCAUACUUUCUUGGACAGAAGCAUGUUUCUGCGAAUGACUCGUGACGGUGGCCGUCUUUUGUCCAUCGCCCAGAAAGCACAUUUCUGGGACACUUCGUGCGUAGAGUAUUGGCGAUGGUAAUGUGUUCUGAAGAAAGUUUCAGGAGUGUCCUCGAAACCACAAAAUUCAGUCCUUAAGCAAGCCAGAAAAUGUGAUUGAGCACUUCUGAAAAGCAAACAGCAUACUUAUUACUUCAGAAUUUUUGGGGGACGGGUUAUUUCUUCAAAGCGAAGAUUCCUCGGAAAUUGUCACCUGGAACCAUUGGUGCCUUGGACGUUCUGCUAUGUAGUCGCACACACUUACUUUUUAAAAUACUACGUUUAAGUAUGUUGCAUAAUAAUUGGUAAAUCGUUUCAUACACAUAAAAAUCAUGAGAUAUAAUUACUCCUUUGACAUAACCCAUCAUAAAUAAGUCUUCAUUGUACCUGUGCUGUACUUGCUCAACGUGUAAUAGCGUCACAUAUGUCACCCAUUUUCCGUGACGUCAGUGGCAUUCAGCACAUGUAGCAGUCGCUAAUGCGGUAAGCUGUCUAAGGUUUCGUGCAGUUCCAUGUAAACUACAUCCUUCUUAACAGCCUGUCAUAAAAGUUCAUUGCUUUUUGCCGUAAGAUAUACUCAAAGAAAGUAUGAAUUAAUCCACUGUUUUAUACACGGGGAAAUUUCUCGUGGAAGGUAAAACAUCUCAGGUUGCCAGUCAACAAACCAUCCUAGUUUAAGCCACCCCACUUAAACCUUUAAGCAACCAAGACAUUUGCUUAUUUUGAUCACAUUAGAAAAGAGGGAUCACUGAGACCCAUCUCGGAAAGAUGGUGAGGGAUAUCGUAUUUGAACCUUGUAGUGACUUGCCCAUCAAAGAGAUGGAGUAAAAAAGUAACUGUAAAUAUCGGUUUUGAUGGAGUUAUCGGGACCAAACGCCAGCUUCAAGGGAAGACUAACGUUAAAACAGCGGAAAAGCCACACUCUCAGUCACAGUUUAAAACGCUGGCGCAUUGACUUUGCUUGUCAUCAUGCCGGUAUGUUUUGAAGUACGAGUCUGGAAUCAUAGCCUACGUAAGACUAAAUAAAUUAAGUUUAUGUAAUGGACAUGCGUGGUAAUCAUUUUGCUAUGCCUUUUAUUUGCACACAACUUUUAUAUUCCGAAUCUGCACAUUUCCAAGACUUCUUCACCUUUCUUGGUUGUUCACGCAUUCCGAAGACAGACUGCAUGUAGCAGCCAUGAUCGUUGGUCAACUCAAGACCACCCUUCCUGCCACAAAAAACCCAGCGAACUUAUUGGGUCAUCUGCCCCUGGUGCCUCUUGGCGCUGGCGCGAUACUGAGCUUUGGGCUGGACUUCAGCGCAGCCGAGUUUCUGCUUAGCACUAUCCAUCCACUAUCAGGCGAUAUGUCCAUCCCCAGUUUCUCACGGUGUCCGCGAGAAUCCUGACAAAUCAAUGCGCCGUCUGCGAUGAUAUAUGCGUCCGCUGUCCCAGUUCUCGCUGACAAUGCCACAAGUGUUUAGCCAAAAAACCCCUACCAAUUACAUUUAUCUGGCCGUUUAGUGGGUCCUAUGGGCAAGCCGCUGGAGUCUUCAUAUGAAGGAAUUUCUCGAGUACUCUCUCGCCGGGUCCUUCGCGUUGUCAAAGAAGACCUGGUAAUCGUUGACCGGGUCAGGGCUGUUGCCCCAGAGGAAUCACCGGAUCUUCUCCAAAGGAAAAAAGCAUACUAA